CCAGUCUUUCACUUUCCGCUUCAACUACAUACCAUCAGAAUCCCCGUGCCGUCCAAACAAAACAAGCCAACAACAUGGCCACCACCAACGGCAGCAACGCAACCGCAACCCCCUCCACCGACCCCUCCAUCUACGACCAAUACAAAUCCCAAUUCUCCUCCCUCCCCACCACCCCCUCUUCCUGGCUGCAGCGCGCCCAAGAAGUAUCCUUAAUCCUCUCCCGCGACGCCGCCAUCCGCGAGCAAGAAAACAAGUCCCCCGUUGCCGAAAUCGCCCUGCUCAAACACUCAGGUCUCAUGAAAGCCCUAGGACCCAAGAAAUACGGCGGAGGUGCCCAGCCUUGGAGCGUGGGGUACCAGCUGAUUCGCGAAGUGGCCAAGGGGGAUGGCUCGUUGGGGAUGCUGCUGGGGUACCAUUUGCUCUGGUCCACGACGGCGGAGGUGGUGGGGAGUCCCGAGCAGGCGGAACGGUGGGCAGAGAGGAUUGUUGGGGGGAAUUUGUUUGUCGGUGGGGCGGUUAAUCCGAGGGAUGGCGAUUUGAAGAUCACGGCUGAUGGGGACAGUAUUGUUUUUAUGGGGAUGAAGAGGUUUAAUACCGGCGGGGUUAUUUCUGAUGUCACCGUGCUGGAGAGGGUUUUGGAAGGGACGGAAGAUCAUAUGUUUGCCAUUGUGCCGACGGAUCAGAAGGGGAUCGUGUUUGGGCAUGAUUGGGAUAAUGUCGGGCUGAGGCUGACGGAGUCGGGGAGCGUGCGGAUUGAGAACGUGAGGGUGCCUUGGGCUGAUGCACUGGGGUGGGAUACCGAGAAGAAGAGGCCGGAUCCGAAGGUGUUGGGUAUUCCGUUUGCUACUUUGCUUUUGCCGACUAUUCAGCUAGUCUUCAGCAACUUCUACAUUGGCAUCGCCUGGGGUGCUCUCGAGGCCGCCAUCGAUUACACUAACAAGAACACGCGAGCAUGGCCCUUUGGUGGUGAUAAAAAAGACAGCGCCCAAGAAGAAUUCUACAUCCUCUCCACCUACGGCAACUUCCUCGCCCACCUCCGCGCCGCCACGGCCCUCGCCGACGUCGCCGCCACCCACCUUGACACCACCUACGCCUCUUUCUCAGGUGACCCUGUCGCCAAACGUGCCAAUCUUACCGCACGCCAACGCGGCGAGGUUGCCGAGUGGGUCGUCAGUGUCAAGAUCGCCGCCACUGACACGGCGCUGCGCGUCACUUCGGGGAUUUUCGAAACUACUGGUGCCAAGGCUACGGCUAGGAAGGUUGGAUUGGAUCGUUUCUGGAGGGAUAUAAGGACUCAUACGCUGCAUGAUCCUGUGGCGUAUAAGAACAGGGAGUUGGGAAGGUAUCAAUUGGUGGGGGAGGUGCCGGAGCCUACUUGGUACACGUAAUUUUCACUUUCGAAGCUUGUAGGAAGAGAAAGCGGUCAAUUUUGCUAGAGGGGUGGCUAUACUCGGUCAGAGAUAUCAAAAGCUGAACAUUCAGCUAUCCUAGGCCACUUAGAGAUCACUGAAUAAGACAACUGUUAUAGUUCUGCCAGAUAGGACCGCGACAAUCUAUCCAACACGACGAGCCUGGCGUCCUGCCCCAUCGCGACAAACGCCCAGAGAAACCUCCCG